AUGUGGAAAGAUCAAUCUGGUAUAGACCGGGUUAUAUUUCCUCACAUUACCGAUCAUGAAGAAACAUAUGCGAUUAAUGCAUUUCACCAAAUGCACUGCCUACUCGAAACGCUGAGAGAUUAUGGUUUUCUUAUCAAUGGAUAUCGGCCACAGCAUGAAGAUGACCAUGUUAUCCACUGCUUCAAUAUGAUGUUCAAGGCAAUUUCGUGUCUUGCUGAUCCGACAGCAGAAGGAUACCUUCAGCAACAACCGUCUUCCGGUGGCAUAAUAGGCAAUAUAACAUCAGAAGUAGCUACAAGGCCCCUCUGUCGAGAUUUUCAACAGUUGAGGUUGUGGGCUGACGAUCCCAUCCGAGCUGCGUCAGUGCCUUAUGGCUUGGUAAACUUCACCAAAGCGAAGUUGCCAGAUAAGUGUGACGUGCGCAAUUGCCGAGACGAAAGUGGAUGGAUGGAAAUUUGA